AUGGCUGUGAACCACAAAUUCGCUGCUAGUAGUGACAUAAGUAAACAACUGGACGAUUUGGCAAGCGGCACAACGAUUACAGUAGCUGACAUGGUGCGUCAAAAAGAGGCCAAACUUACGCAAAAUGAUGCGAUGUGACGUCAGCGUUUAGAUGAGCUGGAACAGACACUCAAGAAAACGAACACAAUCAUGGAAAAAGAAUACUCCUCAGCACUUGAGGAUGUUCGUCAGCGCUUUGCUACAGCUUCGCCCGUACACCAAUUACCACCAUGUCACGAUCUCAAGGCACAAGUCAUCGCUUGCUAUCGCGCAAAUCCUGGUCAAACCUUAAAGUGUUCCGAAGAAGUUGCAGCUUUCACAGAAUACAUUAACUUAAAUCGUAUCAAGAAACUUGACGCUGAGGAUGCAAAACCAAUUGCUGAAGCAACUUAAAUGUGCGCCGUUUGGUGGUUAAACGAAAAAUGUGCUGUAACGAUAUCACUGUGCUUCCCGGUUUUUUGAAAUUAAAUUUUCAGUAAAAUAAGUUUAAAGGUAUAAAGUAAAUGAGUGUUAAACUUCUGCUGAACAUAAUGUAUCGCUUAUGAAGUCCGAAAGUAAAUUAAAUUAUA